AUGGACUCUCGGAAUCUGUCUCAGCUGGUAACUAGAUCACUUCCUGACCUCCCAAACGAGCUUCUUUUAAUAAUCGCCGACAUCCUUGGCCAUGAUUUCUCGACACUUGCGUCCUUGGCCGCUACUUGCCCCCUCCAUUUCGCUGCCGUUGCAAACCAAGUGGCCGCAGCUGAGUUGUUGAUAAAGGCUGGGGCGGGCUUUCGCGAACGGUCAUUUGGGCUUUGCUCAAUGUCCGAACAUGGUGAAGCCUGUGCGCAUUCGUUAGAAUCCUGUCCCAAUGAAUUCUUCCCAAUGCACACGGCUGUAUGUUACGGACACAAGGACAUGAUCAAACUGUUCCUUAGUCGUGGUGCUGAUGCCUUUUACAUCGCAGAUAGCCCGGAAGAUGCCUCGGACAACCCAGACGACGGACUGCCCGAAGAUGGCGAAGAGUUGGAAUCAGUCCAAGGAGUGGAGGAGGAAGAGCCUCCUGAGAACCCCGAAUGGGUUCAGCCAGGCCGUGACGAACCAGAUGACGAUCCUGGUACUCCACACGCAACGGCGUUGCACAUUGCUGCUAGUUUGGGCCGUGGCGAUCUGGUGGAAUUUUUCGCAGGGAAAAGCGGGAUUUCAAUGAAUGCGACUGCCUGCGACGGCCACACCCCGCUCCAUUACGCCGCCCACGCUAUGCUCAAGCAUCCUCGGGCAGUUAUUCGUAAGUUGGUGCAGAUGGGCGCAAGACUAGAUGCUCGAUACGAUAUCGAGUUUGAGCUUCUUAUCCGCUCCGUGGUAGGCGGUAGAUGCGCCGUAGCCGUCGAUCUUUUGCAUCUUCGUGCGUAUACACACCUCACCGCGGAGCAACUCGACUACCUUCUUCAUGCUGCACUCACUCCGGCAGCCUUCUAUAGCUUUGAGAGGGGUAUCUCGAUCGCCAACCUCUCCAGUGCAAGCUACAGCCGGCGGUCUGUAAUACUUCCCAGGAGUUACAGGGACUCCUACGAUACGGUAUUUCCUGAUUUUACCAGCGACUGCAACAUGGACUUACUGGAGCGACAGGAGCUUGUGCGGCUCCUUGUCAAAGAAUUUGGAGUCGAUGUCAACAGGGUACUACCUGACAUUACCAAAAUCAACGGCAAUGGAGACACCGCAAUCCACUGCGCUAUGAAACUCUACGCCCGCGAAUGGAAAACCCUCGAACUAACGAGAGUAUACCAUAGGUUGGAGUCUUGGAAUCAGUGGGAGGAGACUAGUGUGGACAGGAGUCCAGACAGCAUGCUACACUUUCUUCUGACAGCCUGGCCUGGCGACAAGUUUAACGCGGUGGACAAAAACGAGCGUCGCUAUAUCGAUCUUGCCAGCUUCAUCAACAGAUUGCCAUCGGAUUACUGCUACGAGGGUAUUAUACCGGCCAGGAUGCCUCAAAUCGUGGGCUUCAUUGAGAUGACCAUGCGAUUGCAGUUCGUGGAGUCCUUGUUCGGUGUUGGACGAACUGACGAUGCCAACUUGGUAUGGGGUGAGACCCAGGGGAAAGAGAAGAUUCUAAAAAUCGUGAUUGCCAGAUUGACGGAGAUUCGCCGAAAGCUAAAGAUGGGGAGCAGAGAACAGUUUUUGAUGGGCGCAUUUCACACGUUCCCCAACUUCUCUGGCGUCUGGUUGAGGGAAUGA